AUGCAAGAAAGUGACGAUGAAGAUGACGUCCCAGAUAAUUCAGCUGGAGUACAUGAACCGGAUGAUGAUGAAGAGUAUCUGGAAGCUAAUGAUACAGAUGGGAGUGGGUCGGAAGAACAGAACCCUGGAAAUGAAGGUCAAGAAUUAGAGAAUUCCGAUAAUGAGGAGAUGGCUGGGAUUGGGGGUGAGCAAGACAUGCCGGAGAUUGAUGUCGGGCACGACGUGGCAGAAAACCAACAUGAGAACGAAGACGAGGGACAAGAAAUUCCGGGAAGUUCGGGCAACUCCGGCAUUGAUCGUUCUGAGGAUGAAGACUACAUUGCCGAUGAAACUGAUGAUGAUUCAGAUGGAGAAGAAGAAAUGCCUUGGAUUGAGGGUGAGCAAGACAUGCCAUUACCGGAAAUUGGAAACCAAGAACAGGGCCAGGACAACGAAGGAGAUGGGGAAGAAAUUCUGGGAAGUUCGGGCGACACCGGCGUUGAUCAUUCCUCGGAUGAAGAUCAUGUUGCGGAUGACACUGAUGAUGAUUCAGAUGGAGAAGAAGAAAUGCCUUGGAUUGAAGCUGAGCAAGACAUGCCAUUGCCUGAAAUCGAAAACCAAGAACAGGGCCAGGACAACGGAGAAGAUGAGGAAGAAAUUCAGGGAAGUUCAGGCUACUCCGGCAUUGAUCGUUCAUCGGAUGAAGACUACGUUGCUGAUGAAACUGACGAUUCAGAUGAUUACUAA